CCUAAUUCUCUCUGAUCAUUCUAACUUGGUGAGAGGUGGGGCAUUUCUCUUCCCUCAUCACUUUUGCAGCUCUAUCAAUGGCUUCUUCCAAAUGGAUUAGGCCUGAGGUAUACCCCCUAUUUGUAGCUGUUGGUACAGUUGUUGGCAUCUGUGGGAUGCAACUAGUGAGGAAUAUAUGUACCAAUCCUGAAGUGAGGGUUAACAAACAGAACAGAGCCGCGGGAGUGCUUGAGAACUUCGACGAGGGGGAGAGAUACGCAGAGCACCCAGUGAGGAAGUUCGUGCGAGGCAGACGCCCUGAGAUCAUGCCUUCUCUCAACAAGUUCUUCGCAGAUCCGAAGUGAAGCAAAUGAUUGAUCAGAUUUGUCUGACAUUGCAAGGAUAUUUUUUUUUUCGUUUCAAAUAAGCUUUCAGCUAUUGAUUAAGAGUAGUAACCACACAUGUAUGGUGUCAAGUUGCUGUGUGUUUUACCCAUCAUCUCAAACAAGUAACACAAGAAUGUUUCGUAUUUGAAUUCCCUUUCCGUC